AUGGAGGAGAUGGAGUGUCACGCCAUCGAGAACAAGAUUCACACUAUCGACCUCCGCAAUUCCGCCGUUAAUGCAUUCUCAAUAAGGCAUAUUUUAGCUAGUUUCCCGUCUCUACGCCACUUUUCAGCUGAGCUACAUAAUCCCUACCUUUGGAAACCACGAGAAAAUGUACAAGGCAAUGUGGUUUAUGACGAGUACGAGUGGGAAUUUGACUCUGCCGAGUUUGGUACUGUCCUAACAAAACAUGGACGAUGUCUUGUCGAGCUCAGAUUGGACACAUGGCAGUACUAUGACGACGACUGGGAGGAUAUGUCAAGGACCCUCGGAUCGCUUACUUGGAUCCCUCUUCGCAAGCUAGAGAUUGAGCUGCACGAGCUUGUUCACUGUAUCAAGAAUCUAGGCAAUCAUGAGAUCGAAGUUCUCAUGAGUGUUCUCCCUCUAGAGCUCGAGGAGCUGACCAUUCUGGGCCCAAAAAGGGAUAUCUUGACUGGGAUUAAAUCUUUUCUGCGUAACUGCAUGAGUAGGCCGCUUCGGGUGGUAAACUUGAAGAUGAUUGACUCGUCCCCUCUCGACGAGAGCGAAACGGAAGAAAUUGAUGGUUGGAUUACGACACAAGACUGCGGGUAUACACGAAUCGCUGCUGGCCGUGAAUUCGUUCUAUCUGUGUCCUUUGUUAAGGUAUGCGUUCCGCACUCGACAUACGCCGAAACGAAGCUUUAG